UGAACCGGGAAGUGAAGAUUGUGAGGGGAAGAAAGCGGCAGUUGAAGAUGUUCAGCUUCUUCCGAAAAAGCCAGGAUACUAAGAAGAUACCAGUGACAGAAAAAGAAGCAGAUGGAUUUGUUCUUCUGGACAAUGCAACCAAUGAAGAAAGAAACGAAUUUAAAGAUAAACUGUCUUGCAGCACUGGGCUUGACCAGACUUUACAGAAAAAUUCAGACAACCAGUCGAAUUUGACUGAAACAGGCACUGCCGUUGGGACAGAGAAAAAUCACAACGUGGAAAGCAAUACUUUUAUGUCAGAACUUCUCAGCGAUGUACCUUUCACUCUUGCACCGCACGUGCUAGCUGCACAAGACGCCUGUUGUGACUUCCCCCAACAGUUGCUCACCUAUGAUGUUAAUGAUAGCCUAACAAGAUUUUGGUAUGAUUUUACGCUUGAAAAUUCGGUGUUGUGUGAGUCUUAGUCAUUGAAUGACUUAAAGAUGUACCUUGAUCACU